GCAAAAUCUUAUUAAACGUGAUCCAGAAUCUUACAAGGAAGAAUUCCUUCAGCAACAUCAGCAUUACAAAUCAAUUUUAGAAGUCUUUCGUUUAGCACCAAAUAAGUUUAAUAAAAGCCUUGAUGAAGUAGUCAUCUUUUUGGCACAGGUAUAAUUAACAAAGUAUAUGAAGGAAAUAAUUUGUUUAUUGUAAUAUUAUUACAAAUUGCUUAUUAGUAAGAAAACUUUAAAGAUUGUAAUUAUGGAGAAAUAUUUGGAAUAUUUAGAUGGAAAGAUCAUAUGUCGCAAAAAAGUUAUAAUGCAACUGUAUUCUUUAAUUGGUUAUUCUGAUGAACCAAUGCCACAUAGCAUAUUUGUCUAUGGUCAUGUAGCUACUGGAAAAUCCUUAGUAGUGCAAAAUAUGCUCUCUUAUUUAAAAUACAAUGUAGCUACUAUUAAUUGUAUAGAACAUGUAGCCAAUAGACAUAUAUUUGAGUAUAUCUUGGGUGAUUUGUCACUAUGUUUUAAUAAUUUUCCAACUAGCAAUCAAGUGCAACACAAAUGUGACAAUUUUGUUGACUUUAUAAUAAAUCUUAAAGAAAUUUCUAUGAAUGAUACUCGGCCGAUUAUAAUAGUACUCGAUAAGUGUGAUAAAUUACGAGAUAUUGAUAUUGGUUUAUUACCUACAUUUUUAAAGCUCAGAGAAUUAUCAAAUAUCAAUGUUUGUGUAAUAUUUAUAACUGAUGUAGUGUGGGAAAAGUUUCGUGUCAAGAUUGGUAUACACGAACCAUUUAAAAUUCACUUUCCACAAUAUACAAAAAAUGAAUUAAUUGAAAUUUUACUUUUAAGUAUGCCAUGUGAUUAUGAAGAUGCAUUUUACAAAAAUUAUUUAAAUUUAUUUCUUUCUGUAUUUUUUAGAUUCUGUCGAGAUCUUAAUGAACUUCGUUACAUGGCAAAAAUAAAUUUUUCUAAAUAUAUAGAACCUAUUAAACUUGAUCAGUCUAAAAAAAAUGAUACUGCUUUGUUAUGGAGAAAUAUUUCUGCUACUUUUAAAGCAAAUUUAGAAGUCAUUUAUCUACGAGUUUCCUCUGAAGAUUUUACAACAGAUAAUCAAUUAUCUAAAGAUAUUGAAUCAACAAUGAGAUUGGCAUUAAGUUUUGAAUUACCAUAUUAUGCAAAGUAUAUGUUAAUUGCAUCAUAUUUGGCCUCAUAUAAUCCUGCAAAAGAAGAUAAAUAUAUAUUUAUGAAACAAAAAUUCAAGAGGAAAAAGAGAAUUACUGAUAAAAAAAAGAUAAUGUUAAAUGCUUUUUGUGGACCUUACAAUUUUCCAGUAUCUAGAAUGAUUGCUAUUUUUUGUGCAAUUCUUAAUGAAAAAGUUGAUAUAAAUGCUAACCUACUUUCACAGAUUCCAUCUAUGUGUCAACUUGGUUUACUAUCAGUUGUAGGAAAUUAUAAUUUGAAUGAACCAAAACUCAAGUGUUGCGUAUCAUAUGAUUUUAUUCUUGUCAUAGCUAAAACUGUUGGAUUUAAUGUACAAAAUUAUUUGUAUAAUUUAUGUUAGACCAAGAAUGCGUUAACUAAAACCACCUAACUAUUACACAAAUUUAUUUAUUUUAAUUUUGUAUUUCUUGAUUAAUUCUUCAUGAGAAAUAAAACAUUAAAAUUUAUAAACAUA